AUGGGGCUUGGGUUCCUCUUAUUUCGGCCUGAAUCUCUUAGAAUCGGCAGCGGCUGCAGAAAUCCAGUGAUCCGCGGCGGCGGCGGCGGAGGAGGCGCGUGGAGUUUUCCUUUGGCCGAAAAUAAUUUCCGUUUUUCUGGCUUGCAGAGAUUGGCGGGGUUGAAAAAGGCUUAUGCUGAUGUAAUCCUCAGUAUAUCCAAGGAGGCAGCAGCUAGGGUUAUGGCAUCAGAGAAAAAAUCUGUGAUGUACCAGCACGAGCUGAAGGUGGCGAAAGACGAGGGUUUGAGAAUGAUGCUGAGACUUAAGCAAAUGAUGGAUUAUCAGAUUUACCAAUCACAGGCAACAUUGUCAAACCAGCAGAAGAAAAUCGACGAGCUGGAAGCUCAACUUCAGGAAGCCGAAGACAUUGUUAGUGACCUCAGAGCAGAGUUAAGACAAGCCCAAGCCGAACUAGAGAGGGAAAAAAAGCCCAAGAAUACAUAUCAUGUAAAUGGGCUGGUUCACACUUAUCCAAAUGAGAAAAACCCAGUUAUCAACAAUCUCUACCGUUACCAAUCAGUUGAUUACCUUCCUCCAAAUGCAUCAUCUCAAAUCGACUUGCCUUCCAUAAUAUUGAGAAGCAAAGAGCCCGGUCUUUACCGAAAAAACGGGUGCACUCAAAGGAUACGUGCUUGUGAUAGGAACCUUCUGGAUAGGGAUUUGAGUCUCUCAGAGGAAAUUCCCAAAGAGAGCAAAGAGCUUGAGAAGAAUAAGACAUUGCCGAAUAUUAAGCUAAUUGGGUUCAAUUCUAUCUCUUCGAAAGGUAAGAGGGCCAUUAGAAAGAGAAAGACCGUUAUUCCAUGUAUCGGAACAAAAUCUGCUUAUUCUGAUAGUGCACAGCUGUCACUGGAUAAGGAUUUAACACAAAAUCUGAUAGAAUGUGAAGAUAUUUGUGACAAUGAAAGAGAUGUUAUCGAAUUUAGUGGUGAGAAGACAAUGGAAAUGGAUAAAAAUGGGGUGAUUGAAGAAAUGGACAAUGUUCAGAAAGCAGAUGGGCCAUCAUCGUGCAUUAUGGAGUUAAUUUCAUCUGAAUGUGCCGAAGGGAUUUCAGGCCGGCCUGUGAGGGAAAGAGAUUAUAAGUAUACUUUCCAAAGGAAGCGAAAGAGACAAGCUCCGAGUGAAUCCAACAUCAAUGGCUCUCUUGAGAUGGGAAAAAAGACAUUUGGUGAAAAUAAUGCCGAUAAAAAGGUGGAGAAACUGAAGACCAGCUUGUCAAUGGAGUCUUCACGAGACAGUAGGCGUUUGGCACAAGUUGCUCGGCAGCUUAUAUCAUUGUCUGAGAGCAAAUGGUGGAAUUGA